CUGACCUGACAAACUCUUUCUGACAGACAGAUCGACCGACCGUCUGUCCGUCGCUGGAAAAGCCGAUAAAAGACUCAGUUUACCGGGAACAGCAGCAGCUCCAUGAGUCUGGUCCUCUGCCCGCCCUGAAGGCCGUGUUCUGCUGGACUGGAGCAGCUCGGAUGUUUGGGAAUGUCGGGAAUUAAAACUUCCUGUUGAGCUUUGACGUUAGCCGCCCGGAGCUGCAGUAAAGGAUGUGUGUGGGUUUGUGAGCAUCUGACUGAAGAUGAGUGUGACGUCGUGGUUUUUGGUGAGCAGCUCUGGCACGCGCCACCGUUUGCCCCGAGAAAUGAUCUUUGUGGGCAGAGAGGACUGUGAACUCAUGCUACAGUCGCGCAGUGUGGACAAACAGCACGCUGUGAUCAACUAUGAUGCCUCUACAGAUGAACAUUUGGUCAAAGACUUGGGCAGCCUCAACGGGACCUUCGUAAAUGACCUUCGAAUCCCCGACCAGACGUACAUCAUCCUGAAGUUGUCAGAUGUGAUCCGCUUUGGUUAUGAUUCACACAUAUAUAUCCUGGAGAGAAGCCAACACAAAGUGCCUGAGGAGGCUCUCAAGCAUGAAAAAUACACCAGUCAGCUUCAGCUGGAGACGCUGGAAAACAAGAAACAGCUUCAGACAGGUGACAGACGGAGAAACUCAGACACCACUCAGGUCAAAUCUGAAAAAACCGAGCGGAAAAACAUCACAGAUGCACCGCUUUCCAGACCCACUCCUCUUUAUGGUCAGCCGUCCUGGUGGGGUGAAGAUGAUGAAGAUAAAGCUCAGCGCUGUGAUCCGAGCGCUCAGGAGCAACAUGCAGAAAACCUGAAGGAAGGCACCAAACAUGAUCUGAGUGUUUCUUCAGAUGAUCCUCACGAUGGCCAGAGCAAAUCCAGCUACACUCACAGAAAGGAGCCCAGUUACUUUGAGAUCCCCACCAAGGAGAUCCAUCCAAAUGCCAAAACCACAUUGAUGGAGGUGCAGGAGAUUCCCACAAAAGACCCGGACCACAAGCCUCCAUCCAUCUCACCAGUGGUGCAGGGUCACGCCUCCUUCACCAUUGAGUUUGACGAGCAAACGCCUGGAAAGAUGAAGAUUAAGGACCACAUCUCUAAAAUGUCCAUCCGCCAGCGCAGAAACCCCAGCAAGGAGUCUAUAAGCCGCCUGACGGAGGUGAUGUCUGUGGAGAAUAAAGUGGCUGAUUGGUUGGUGCAGAGCGACACGUCUUUGAGGAGUCUUGAGGAGCCCAGAUCAGAUCAGCUGCUCAACAAGACCUUCAGAGAUACACACCAUAAUGAAGAUCCAGAUGUGGAAGAACAGGAGGAAAUUCUGUCAGUCUCACACUCUGCUUCACAAAAAACCACACCACAACAAGAGCCUGAAGAUUAUCCAUCCAAUCAGACGCCAGAUUCAAAGAACCAAUGCAGAACGGAUCCCAAACAGGCUUACGUGAUUGAAUUCUUUGAUGACGCUCAGCGCAAAAAGCGCUCGCAGUCUUUUACUAACAACGUCUCCUCUCCAGACUUCCAAUCUGCGCUAAAAAACAAGUUGGACAAACGAAAAGGCACAACUUUGUCAUCCGGACACAAUCCAGCAACGCAACAGUUCACGAUACCCCUCAAAGAUUCAGACAGUCCACAGAGAGCUGAAUCUCUGCGCCGUGAGAAAAGCGAAAUCCGGAUGAGCACUUCUGAAUUUAGCACACGCUCUGUAACAAAACCGUUCGGCAGCAUUGGCCGCAGGUCCAAAAUCUCGCAGGAUUUCGCAACGGAGUUGCUUCGGGUGUCAAAACGCAGUGCUGCAUCUUCAUGGGACUCCAAUACAACUUGGGUGAAAACGUCUUCGGCAUUAACGACAAAUCAUGAGAUGCAGGAGAGUCUUUCUGCAGUGUCUCAAUCGCAGAAUCAGAUGAUCAGAUCUGAGCGAGUGGAGGAUGAUAAUACACAGGGGAAAACUCUGGUUCCCAAAGCGCAGGAGGAAGAAGAUAGCUUGAGUGAUGCAGGAACAUACACUAUUGAAGCUGAAGGGCCAGAUAGAGACGUCGUGGAGGCGCGGAGCUUGAUCGAUCAGGUGUUUGGUGUUGGAGAAAACAGCCAAACCUCAGCAGCAGCAGCAACAGAUAAGCCUAUAGUUGGUGACUCUGAGGCUCAUGAUAGCUGUCGCCUUCUCAAUGAGAAUAGUUCAGGCCUGAUAAUGGGCCAGUUCCCAUCAGAACAUAGUACCACAGCCAAGAGUCCUGCGCAGUUACAGUCAAUGACGUCAUUAACACCUGGAGAAACUAGAUGGGUUUCUCGCUGGGCCAGUUUGGCUGAUACCUAUUCAGACUCUGGUCCUGCUUCAGGAAUAUUUGAUGUCCCAACACAGGUUGAUCUUCCCUUUGAAGCUGGUGAAAGGAUAAACAUGCUUAACCGGAGCACUGACUAUGAAAAUAGCCAAAACAGCAGAUCUCGACGAGUUCUGCCUCAGGUUCCUUUAAAGGAGAAGAUUGAGACACCUCCGCCCAUGAUACACAUCCAGCCUGACUCGUAUCUGUCCGCUGUGGAGAAGAGUUCACAAGUUCAGAAGCACAAGUGGGAUCCACAGAAACUCAGUGUCCAGGAUGAUCUGGAUCCAGACAGCCUUAGUGAUGCUAGCAAGUCUGAUGACGGAUCUGUCAUUGAACAGUGCAGGAAGACUCCCGAAGUAAACCAGAAGACAUGGAGUCGGCCCUCAAAAAUACAAUCGAAUCAGGACGAGGCAAAAGACCAGGAUACAUCUCCCAAAUUCUCCACUGCUACAUUAACCCGACAGUAUGGGAAACCAAGCAAGAGCAAUGGUUCACCAUCCAACAUUGGUCAACCAAGCAAAAACGACUCUUUUGGAGGAGACAGUUUAGUGUCUAUUGUCAGACAAGAGAGUUACACCAAAGAAAGAGCGAGUGAUGACAUCCAGCUGUCCAGAUUGCCCCAGAUAUCAAGUCAGUCCCCUAGCAAAGAUGUUUUUAAGGGUGUAAACACUCAAGAUACUCAUUCAUACCUUAAAGACACUGAGGAUGUCCUUGCUUCUCUGGAAGCCAAGAUUCUGGAGCAACAAGUAAAGAACGGUCGCUCACAACCAGAGGAUUCUUUCUCUGGAGAAUCAGACACCUCUAGUACUGUCAGUGGCAAAAACCCUUGUGUUUCUGUUCCCAAGAAGCCUAUUGUGCUCAAAGGAUUCCUAAAAGGUACAGGUCAGUAUACCAGAGAACCUAAAACCUCAGAAGAUCAAUCUGGGAUGAAGGAGAAGUCAGACACAGGCAAGCGUUUUCAGCUCCGUCGAAACCAUAGUUCUCAAGACUUUGGAAAUGAACAGCAAAGUCCUGCUACACAGCAUUUUCCCGACACUGUUUCAGACCAAGAAUCAAGUUCUUUACCUUAUAAAAAGUACACCAUUCCUCUUCAGAAGGAAGGUACCAGCAAAUCCAAACCUACUGUAACUCGCUCCAAUAGCCUCUCCGCUCCAAGGCCAACAAGAGCGUCAAUGCUUCGCCGUGGACGUUUGGGUGAAGCCUCCGAUAAUGAAGGUACAGAAACCGAUCGAACGUCUCAGAACUCCGACGUCAAUCCUCCUGCAAACAAUCGAGUGGCUCAGACAAGCAAGAAGCUUUCUCGAUUGGACAUUUUGGCUCUUCCUAGAAAAAGGACGGGAUCUUUUAACACCCCGAGUGACACAGAGUCUUCUUCUGCAAGCCGGACGGGCUUCUCGAACCGCAGCACAGAGUCCAGCAGCUCCGUGCGGAAAGCAUCAGUUCCAGAUCCCAGGGCUCUUCUGCGUAAGGUUACAAAUGCCAUCAGCAGGCAGCCGAUCACUCGCGGACGCUCCAGCAGCGCCAAAUACGCCAGCAGCACCGCCAGCUCCAGGAGGCGUCAGAAGGGUUCAGACUACGCCUCCACCUCGGAGGACGAGUACGAGUCGAAUCAAAGCACUCCUAAACACAAACGCUCCCAUCAUUCAGGAGCGCAGCAGAGCCAGCCGGCAGGUCCGGUGAGAGCCAUGCCCAGAUCUAGAGACUCUGAGGGGGAAGGACAGGAGAGCGACGCCUUCCAGAACUGGACGUCUCACAGUGCCGAGAUCGCCAGACUGAGUCAGGAUCUCGCUAAAGAUUUGGCUAUUUUGGCCCAAGAGAUACAUGAUGUUGCAGGAGACACUGAGACUCAGAGCGGAUCACAAGAGCAGAUGGAGCCCGCCGCAUCCACACAUGAGGAGUUGCGACAUCAGAUUCCUGAAUCCAGUCUGAAAGUCCAGAAAGAGUCUCCUGAAGCGGUCGAAGAGUCUGAACCCACCGCUGAAGAUGAGAAUCAAGCCAAUGUGAGACAAGACGAGGCUGCGGUGAACAGUGUGUUGCUCAAUCCUGUGUCUCAGCUUUCGCUCGCCAUCAGAGAAAACACCGAACAGCUCACACACAAAAUCAAGGUUUUGUUUCAUAAUCGGAGAGAUGUUUUGGGUGAAAUCGAGGCAAAGAUUAAUGCAGAGGAUGAGUCUCCGUCAGUGAAAACAUCAAACAAGGAAGUGGCGUCAAUCCUCAGAGAGCUGAGGAGAGUCCAGAAGCAGCUGGAAGUGAUCAACAGCAUCAUGGAUCCGCAGGGGAACCCGGAGCUGAUGCGGACGUUCUCCUCAUCUGCAGCUGCAGCGCGCGGAUCCAGAUCUGCUCUGCGGGACAACAGAUCUGCAGGAGGAGGAGCAGGAGCCACUCCCAGAGCCAGACGCAUGUUCAGGAGUACAGACAGAGACGGCUCGAUGGUGUGAGGACAAGAGCCAAAACACACACACAGAGCCAGACGCAUGUUCAGGAGUACAGACAGAGACGGCUCGAUGGUGUGAGGACAAGAGCCAAAACACACACACAGAGCCAGACGCAUGUUCAGGAGUACAGACAGAGACGGCUCGAUGGUGUGAGGACAAGAGCCAAAACAUACACACACACACAUACACACACCCAGAGCCAGACGCAUGUUUAGGAGCACAGACAGAGACGGCUCGAUGGUAUGAGGAGAAGAGACAAAACACACACACACACACACACACACUGAUUCAGAUACACACCUUUUCAGAUUCACACACACACACAUUGAUUCAGAUUCAAACACACACACACACACACACACACACACACACACACACUGGUUCAGAUUCACACAAACACUGAUUCAAACACACACUGAUUCAGAUUUUCACACACAGACAUUGAUUCAGAUUCACAUUUACACACACACACACACACACACACACACACACACACACACAGAGACACACUGAUUCAAAUUCACACACACACUAACACAUUCCAAUUCUCACACACUUACUGAUUCAGAUUGACACACAGAAACUGAUUCAGACUCACACACACACACACACACUGAUUCAGAUUCAUUUACGCACACACUGAUUCAUAUACACAGUUUUAGAUUGACACACACUUACUGAUUCAGAUUCACACACUCCGAUUCAGUUUCUCUCUCACACACACAUUCACUGAUUCAGGUUUGCAGACACACACACACACACACAGACUGAUUCUGAAUCAGAUUCUGACACUCUCAGAUUCGCGCACACACUGAUUCAGAUUCACACGCAUACAUAUUCAAAUUCACACACACACUGAUUCAGGUACACACUGAUAUAGAUCCUCACGCACAUAAUCAGAUUAACACACACACACAUACACACUGAAUCAGAUUCACAUUCUCUCACACGCAGUUAUUCAGAUUCUCUCACACACACACACACACACACACACGGACAGGAUCUGUAGAUGCGUGAGCUGCUUUUGCACAUGUCUUCCUCCUCCAGCCAGCCUGAAUGGGCUGCAGUUCAGACCUCUGCACUGUGAGUGUGUUACUGUACAGACACUGUUGAGGGGUCCUCUCGUUAGUAUGUGUGACUGUUCUGAAUAGAUGAGCUCUGUUAAUGAAAUACAUGAUUAUUUAAAUCACAUGUUGUCUCUGUUGGACAGGGGAUUAUUUCUAUAAUUAUUAAAGAUUUAAAUUAAUA